UGUCAGCAUCAGUUGAACCGAAAGCAUCAAAGCCAAACAUUCAAACAACCCAAAGAAUACCCAAGGAGUAGAAACAAUACCAAGAUGCGUCUUACACUUCUGGCGCUCGUUGGAGCUGUCUGCAUAGCCUUGAGCUUUGCCCAGCCGUUGGAUGACAAGAACGAGGAGCACAUUGAUCUGCUGCAGGUAGCUGAUCAAGGAAACGCCCACGCCAAUGAGGGCAAUCGAGAGGCGCGGCACUGGGGCGGCUGGGGAGGUGGCGGUUGGGGAGGCGGCGGUUGGGGAGGCGGCGGUUGGGGCCAUGGCUGGGGCGGCGGCGGUUGGGGAGGCGGCGGCUGGGGCCAUGGCUGGGGCGGCGGCUGGAAUCGCGGCUGGGGUGGCGGCGGCUGGGGCUGGGGACGUUAAACCCUGCCAGGCCAAGCAAAGCAGCCACUGUCAUCGACCACCUGUCCAGGAGCCACUGCGUCAAGACACCUUUUGAUGUUUGUUUUGUGUGUGUAAAUAAAGAACAUUUUCAAAAA